AUGUUCGCCCAGUCCGUCGCGAAGAGCGCCCCGUGCGCGAGCGCGGCGCCCGCGCGCGCGCCCCUCGCCAGGCGUGCGCCCGCGCUGGCGCAGCGCCCUCGCCGCGCGGCCCGCACCGCCCAGGCCCUGCCCAUCGGUGCCAUCGAGAUCGACUGGUCGGACCCGGACACCUGGCUCGGCGUCGGCGGCGCCGUGCUGGGCCUGCUCAUCGGCAUCGGAGCGCCCAUCCUCUACAUCCGCGCGUCGGAGCGUGACGAGGAGCGGCUGGAGGAGCUGCGCGCCCUCAACCGCGCCACCAAGGAGGCCACGGGGGAGUACCUGACGGACGAGGAGAUCGCGGAGAUCCGGACGCCCAAGUGGACCGACCGGCGGGAGUUCGUCGACAACGACUGA